AGGUCGCGAAGAGAAUGAAAGAAUCAGCUGCGUCUGUAGCUGUGCGGCCUCAAUUGAGAGAGGUGUUCGAGCGUUUUCCAGCGGACGCACACCGAACAAUUGAAGAUGAGAUUCAUGAAAUGAUGAAGUGUUACGCUUUUGAUGAUGCUAUUUUUCUAGCCGAGCUUCAUUACGAAACCGAUAAAAGCAACAACUCCGAAUCUCUUCUUCUAUACGCUGAUUGUCUGUAUAGAGCCAAUAAGAAAGAGGAAUGUUAUGGUCUCCUUAGUUCAGUUAAAUUGAGCGGAGCUAGACUCUUCUAUCUACUUGCAAGGGUAUCCUACGAUUUAAAUAAAAUCGAUGACUGUAGAGGAGCUCUUUUCGAACAUGACGAUGGAGUGAUACGGAAAGAUAUCCUGGAAGAGCCACGGGUUGCAUCACAUGCUAAUUUGCUUCAUGCUCAAAUGCUUUGCGAUGAAAGUUACAUGGAUCUGGCUUUAGAAUCUUGUCAAAAGUCUCUGGAUGAGAAUAUUUUGUUGUGGUCAGCUAUCAUAACUUAUUUACGGUUUGGAGGUCAUGAUCUCGCCCAUACUUUUGAAAAACAUCACCGAAAAUCAAAUGGUCUAUACCUGGAUAGUCCAGCUUCGAGUUUGAAAUCCGAAACACCAUCACCAAAUGUUCCUGGGCCGUCGUCUUCUUCAGCUGCCAGCACUGCUGAACCUUCCAGACUGGAAAGUUCGGUCAGACGAUCUACACGCGGUACGAUUGCUUCGGCGAAUCGCGAGACAAGAAAUACCACAUCAAACAUCACUCCAAGACAAUCCACUCCUGGAUCCACACCUUCACGUAUUAAUCCAACUGCCCCGAGAAAAAGCUCCAGAAUCAGUGAAAUGACGACACGACGUACCGAAUCUUCAGUCACUGGAUCUCGAUCAUCGUUAUUCACAGAACCCGAGAGACCACACACGAGGGCUACACAUAGCUCUAGAAAUCGCGCAAAUGCUGCACUAAACAGCGAUACGGAGAAUUCGAAUGCAUCGAAUACGAGAACUCGGAGUGGAAUUGCAUCAGUUACCAGAGGGUCAUCGUCGUCCCAGAGGACCAAUCCUGUGCGUACUUCAAUCAGAAUUGCUGACGCCGCCGCUGCUGCAAACAAGACUGCCAAAACUCUGAGUCAAAGAAGACGAAAUGAAAAACAACCUUUGGUAUCCAGAAACUCAAAUCUUGCACGGAGUUUGUCGGGUUCUACCAAUUCUCUUCAGGUGGCAUCAACAGCUAGUGAGCGUCCAUCAGAAGAUGAGGUAUCCCAGAUCAAUCCUCCUCUCCCUUCUGUGGCUUCUUCUUUGAACAAUGAUGAACCUAUGGAUAUUGUCGAUGGAGUUUACGAUCCAGAAUACAAGAAAUUAUUUGAUGUUUAUCAACACAUUGCACUUAUUGAAGAGUCAAUCAGUACAUACAAUUGGAGAUCGGCUGAUGCUUUAUUCGCAAAACUCGAUAGAGAUAUCAUUCUUAACACGUCUAUGGUCCGUCUUCAGUUGGGAAGAGCUUGCUUCGAGCAAUCCGAAUACAGAGAGUGCCGGAACAUUCUCGAUGAUUUGCAUAAACGUAGAAAGUGGAAGGUUGACGGAACCGAGCUAUUGUCCACCUCAAUGUGGCACCUUCAAGAUACUCAUGCUCUUUCGGCUCUUUCUCAGAUUUUGACAACUGAAUCACGGGAACGGCCACAGAGUUGGUGUGCCGCUGGAAAUUGCUUCUCAUUACAAAGACAGCAUACUCAGGCAAUUGAAUGUAUGGAGAGGGCUAUUCAACUUGACAAACGAUUCGCCUACGCAUACACUUUAUUGGGGCAUGAGCUUAUCGUUCAGGAUGAACUUGACAAAGCUGCGGGAUCUUUCAGAUCAGCACUUCUCCUUUCUCCUCGCGAUUACCGUGCCUGGUAUGGUCUCGGGUUGGUUCACCUAAAGAAAGAGCAAAAUCUGACUGCACUGACCAAUAUCCAGAAGGCUGUUAAUAUUAAUCCAACGAAUCGUGCAAUGCUCUGCACACUGUCCCAAAUCGAGCAACAACGUGGACAAAUCGAUACUGCUCUCGUGCUGAUUGACAGGGCUCUCACUCUGAAUCCUCUUGAUGUGGCUUGCCGUUUCAAUAGAUCACGUCUCUUGUUUGAGGCGAAUCGAAAUGAAGAAUGUCUAGUGGAACUUGAUAAAUUGAAAGCUAGUUCGCCAGAUGAAGCAUUCAUUUUCCAUCUGCUUGCACGAGUUCACCGAAGAAUGGGAAAUACUCAUUUGGCUCUUCUUAAUUAUAGCUGGGCGGCUGAGCUGGAUCCACGUGGCGAGCAGAACAUCACUGACUCGAAUGUUAUCAAUCGCGAGGAAUACGAGGACGACGAGUACGGAUCGCCAGUAUAAUUUUCAUAACUCGUUCUACUUCUCGAUAGCUCAUCAUAGCCAAUUUCGUGCUAUAAUCGUCUUUUUUGGCGCGGGUUUUUCACUCGUCUUUUCUUUCUUUUUUACUUUUACUCUGUUCUAUACUAAUCGCGGAUAUAUAUAUAUAGUCUGUCGAAGAAAAUGCUUUGAGACUAUAAACUCAUUUUUUGUCAAAUUCUUAAAUUGUAAAGCAGGAACCCAUUUAUCUAUAUUCACAAGCUUUUCAAAAUUCGCCUUAUAAAUUAGAAUUUAAAUUAUA